AAACACAACAAGAAGUUCUUAUGAUGAAGUUCUGAUAUCAUGUGGUCGUCAGUAAUAAUAUACAAUCUGCAAUCUAUGAAUUCUCGUGUAUUAAAAAUGACUAAGACUGAUAAAGUUGAAUCUAAUCGAAUGUAGUUUGGAAUCAAACAAGCAGUGACACUGAACAGAGUUUGCAGAGGCCCGUCUGUUGAGGAUCACUAGUCCAGGUCAAGGGCUCCUGAAAUGGUUCAGUCCAAGAACCUGUAUAUAUAUCAGAAAGUCCACAACGCACGACAGACUUCAGAACCUGCAACGGACACACAGAGUUGAAAUGGCCGAUCAGAGGAGACGCCCGACACCGUCGCUCACUGUCGUCCUCUGCUUCUCACUGUGGUUCACCUCUGGACAAACAGUUGACUUUAUGUCCUACUUUAACUCCUUUGAGCCAGAAUGCAUUGAACAGUGUCCAGCAAAGUAUUCCACCUCCACGUAUGGCGUGCUGUGUUAUGAUGGCUGUGAAAAGCGAGGUUAUUCCUACUACUGGUGCAAUUCGCGAAUGGGUUGGGAUUACUGCUCACCAAGCAACAAUAUCGAUUACAAAGGCAACGACUGUCGCAAUGAUCAUCCCUGUGGCGAUUAUGGAGGUGGUUACACCAGCUGUAUCGUGGAUGGUAUAGGCUGGAGCAAAUGUGCACGAGUGGAGCCAAGAGCAAUGAUUCAUCAAACUAUAUACCAGAAAGAAUGCACUGGAGAAUGCCAGUAUCACGAGUUCGGGGAUUACUUCUGGUGCUAUACUGAAAACACGUGGGACUACUGCUCUCCUCUACAAGACCACACCUACAGAGAUGAGCCUUGUCGCCAAGGCUCAACGUGUGGAACUAAUGGCCAAAGUUACAGCUGGUGCUACACAUCAUACUUUAACUGGGAUUACUGUGGAGUCAUCAGUCCUGGAGAGUGCAUGUAUUCCCAGUCAAACCGCCGCAAACGACAAGCUGAUAAUCCAAAUUUGAUCUGUUCAAGGGAGGACGAUGACGGCAACAACAACAACAACAACAACAACAACAACAGGAAAGUGACAUAUUUCAUAGACAAAGGUAACGAGGGCGUGCAAAGCACCAACAGAAAGUUGCUCGACGAAGCCUUAGAUUUAAUCAACCGAUUUGAUGCCAGUCGCUUGACUCAAAACUCCAGGUCCAACUUGGUCACUUCGUUACGUCUUCGCCUUGACAACCAGGGAAUUUGUUUCUCAAAUAAUCAGGAAUGUUACAACCUGCAAAUCCAGCUUAAUGGGCAACGCCGCCCUGGACAAAGUACCACUAUUGCACAGAUCACAGUUCCUAUUGGUACUUCAGAAGAAUACAUGCGUUUGGCCUUCAGGGAGAGUUUACGGCUCCAGGUCAAAGUUGAAGUGGAAGAUGAGAACACACCAAGCACCUCAUCCAACAAUGACAGAAACAAAGACAAAAAGUGUUGUAAACGACGUAAACGCUAAUUUAACUCAUACAUAUGAAGCUAAUAAUUGUUACA